AUGAGGAGGCAGUUUCCUUUCCUUAAAGCUAAAGGAAGAGAGAGGGAAGCAGCAAAUGUCCUUCCACAGCCUGCCAAGAGGAAGGACGAUGAAGGCAUGUGUUUAGACAAGCAGAGUGGCUUUUCUGCCACUGCUCCACUGAGCUCCCAGCCCCUGCUGCUCCUUGGACCGGAGGGGAAUUACAACUAUUACGUGGACGAUGAAGAUGAGGAAGAAGAAGAGAAAGAACAAGGAAAAUGGCCAACCGGAGACCCAUUUGAGGGAGAAAACAAGCUCUCAUCAUCCAUUCCUUGCUCCCCUGCCUUUUGCUCUGGAGCCCCAGCCAUAGCAUCCACUUCAUCCGUGCUGAACAUUAACGUCGGUGGCCAAAGCUACCGCCUCACCUACCAGGCAGUAGCCAUCUACCCCAAGACCCGCCUGGGUCGCCUGGCCACCUCCACUGACCGCCGCUGCCAGCUGGGCCUGUGCGAUGACUAUGCCGCCCAGGUAGACGAGUAUUUCUUUGACCGCGACCCAGCCGUCUUCCAGCUGGUGUACAAUUUUUACGCCUCGGGGGUGCUGCGUGUGAGGAACGAGCUUUGCCCACGCAGCUUCCUGGAGGAGUUGAGCUACUGGGGCGUGCGGCUCAAAUACACACCCCGCUGCUGCCGCAUCUGUUUCGAGGAGCGCCGCGACGAGCUGAGUGAGCAGCUGAAGGUCCAGCGUGAGCUGCGCUCCCAGGCAGAGGCUCAGGAGAAUGAGCAGCUUUUCCACCACAUGCGCUACUAUGGGCCCCAGCGCUGGCGCCUCUGGAACCUCAUGGAGAAGCCCUUCUCCUCUGUCACCGCCAAAGUGAUGGCGGUGGCCUCCAGCUUCUUUGUGCUCAUCUCUGUGGUGGCCCUGGCACUCAACACAGUGGAAGAGAUGCAGCAGGUGGACCGGAAGAGUGGGGAGAGUCGGCCUGUCCUGGAGCACAUCGAGACCCUGUGCAUCGCGUUCUUCACCCUGGAGUACCUGCUGCGCUUGGUCUCUACCCCAGACCUGCGCCGCUUUGCCAGCAGUGCGCUCAAUGCUGUGGACCUCAUUGCCAUCCUGCCCCUCUACCUGCAGCUGCUGCUUGAAUGUUUCGCUGAUGACGACCAGCCCCGGGGCCGGGGCUCCCAGCAUGAGCAUGAUAUCGAGAAGGUGGGACGGGUGGGCAAAGUGGGACAAGUGCUUCGCAUCAUGCGCCUCAUGCGCAUCUUCCGCAUUCUCAAGCUGGCCCGCCACUCCACAGGGCUGCGUGCCUUCGGCUUUACCUUGCGUCAGUGCUACCAGCAGGUGGGCUGCCUUUUGCUCUUCAUUGCCAUGGGCAUCUUCGCCUUCUCUGCCAUGGUCUACACAGUGGAGCAUGACGUCUCUAGUACCAACUUCACCAGCAUCCCCCAUGCUUGGUGGUGGGCUGCCGUCAGCAUCUCUACAGUGGGAUACGGAGACAUGUGUCCAGAAACUCACCUUGGCCGCCUGUUUGCAUUCCUCUGCAUCGCGUUCGGUAUAAUCCUGAAUGGCAUGCCCAUCUCCAUACUCUACAACAAAUUCUCAGACUAUUACAGCAAGCUGAAGGCCUACGAGUACACUGCUCUCAAGAAAGAAAGGGGGAAGGUGGACUUCACACGGAGAGCCAUGAAGAAAAUAUCUGAAUGCUGCGGAGAAAGCGCUGCCCGCCCUUUGCCACAACACUGA